CUGCUCGCUCUCUUUCCUUUUUCGAGCUGUCACAGCGCCGAAGACGUGUGCGUGUUAUUUUCAACUACAUUUGUUUAAAUAAUUGAAAUAACAUUUAUAAAACCAUGACUUCGCAUCCGGUAUUCAUAGACCUGUCCCUGGACGAGCAGGUACAAGAGCUGCGCAAGUAUUUCAAGAAGCUGGGCGCCGAAAUCUCAUCGGAGAAGUCCAACAAGGGUGUGGAGGAUGAUUUGCACAAGAUUAUUGGCGUCUGCGACGUUUGCUUCAAAGACGGCGAGCCCUUGCAGAUUGACGGCAUCCUCAACAGCAUUGUGUCCAUCAUGAUCACGAUUCCCCUGGAUCGGGGCGAGAACAUUGUGCUGGCAUACUGCGAGAAAAUGACCAAGGCCCCGCAUCAGCCUCUGGCCAAAGUGUGCCUCCAGUCGCUGUGGCGUUUGUUCAACAACCUGGACACCGCCUCGCCCUUGCGGUACCAUGUCUACUACCAUCUCGUGCAGGUGGCCAAGCAGUGCGACCAGGUGCUGGAGGUCUUUACCGGCGUAGAUCAGCUUAAGACCCAGUUUGCCAACUGCCCGCCCUCGUCGGAACAGAUGCAGAAGCUCUACCGCCUGCUGCACGACGUGACCAAGGACACCAACCUCGAACUGUCUUCCAAGGUGAUGAUCGAGCUGCUGGGAACCUAUACCGCUGAUAAUGCCUGUGUCGCCCGCGAGGAUGCCAUGAAGUGCAUAGUGACCGCUUUGGCCGACCCCAAUACAUUCCUGCUGGAUCCCCUGCUGUCGCUGAAGCCGGUCCGUUUCUUGGAAGGCGACCUCAUCCACGACCUCCUGUCCAUUUUCGUCUCAGAGAAGCUGCCCGCGUAUGUGCAGUUCUACGAGGACCACAGGGAGUUUGUCACCUCGCAGGGCUUGAACCAUGAGCAGAACAUGAAGAAGAUGCGUCUGCUGACCUUCAUGCAGCUGGCAGAGAGCAGUCCCGAGAUGACCUUCGAAACGCUGACCAAGGAGCUGCAGAUCAACGAGGAUGAGGUGGAGCCCUUCGUUAUCGAAGUUCUGAAAACGAAGCUGGUUCGCGCCCGUCUGGAUCAGGCCAAUCGCAAGGUUCACAUCUCGUCCACCAUGCACCGCACCUUUGGAGCUCCGCAGUGGGAGCAGCUGCGCGAUCUGCUGCAGGCCUGGAAGGAGAACCUUAGCUCAGUGCGCGAGGGCCUCACGAGCGUCUCCUCGGCGCAACUGGAUCUGGCCCGCACCCAGAAGCUGAUACACUAGGAACGCCCAACAACUAACCUGUUGAGGGACAAGGAACAACAAAUGCAAGCUUCGGGGCAAUUGAAUUACGAUCUAAAUUAUUUUCAAGAGAGCGUGCGUGGAUAACUUGAAUAAAUUUAUAAGUAAAAUCGAA